AUGACUCCAAGGUGCGCUCCCGCGCACGAGGGAGACAGGCAAUCCAGAGGCUUUGCAGCUGCCUCCUGGCGCCUGGCGCCACAGCCCCCUCCCCUUUCCCCUCCCUCCGCUUUCCCUUCUUCGGGCCGGAGGCGCAAAAAAAAAAGCAACGUGAGAGCGCGCGCGCGCGUAUCCGGCGCGCCCUUGUUCCUGCCGUAGCUGCGCAGCCGCCGCUUCCACGCGCCGAGAGGCCCGCUGCCUUGUGGGGUAAGGGGGCCAGGAGCCGACGGGACGGAGAUGUGGGUGCGGGGUGGCGUCGGGGAGCGCUGUGCAAUGGGGAGCAGCCCCUCUUCCACCGGAGGAGGGGGAGGGACGGUCGAAGGGGUGGGGGGGCCAGGAAUAGAUGCCCGGGGUGGCAUGGCUUCCUUGCGCACCGCGCCGCGUCUGCAACAGGAGCCGGCGAGCUAUUUGCAAGCAAGCCAACCGACCCCGCUGCACCGCCGGCCUUGGCUGCCUUUCUGUGCGCGCGCGCGCGCCCGUGUGUGGCACGUUUGCAUUUCCGUAGCUUACUAUGGGCAUGCGCGGCGACCAAGGGUUUUGGUUUUUUUGGUGGGGCCGGAGGCGCGCAGGCCAGCGGCACCCCGAGCCAGAAGCGCGCAGGUAUUUGGGGCUGCUGGGUCGCCGCCUUGCGCGGGGCCAUCUAGCGCAGUAUUGAGUGCACUGGCUGGCAGCGGCUCCCCAGGGUCUCUCGGGCGCGAGGGGUGCAGUCUCCCAGCCUGCUUGAACUCGGGAUCUUCCGCGCUGCAAAGCGGAUGCUUCGCCGCUGAAAGUGCGAGGUUGUGCCCGGUUGCUGGCAGGUUGCAGCCGGGUGAUUCUUCUUUUUUUAAGAUUGCACCUUCGGUAAGGCAUUUCAGCAGCCCUGAAAACAAGUUGCAGGAAACGAGUGGAGAGAGGGCUCUUGUCCUCUGGUCCAGCUCUUUGUUUGGCCACUGUGAGAACAGGAUGCUGUCCUAAAUUCUUCUGAUGCGCCUGUUAUCCCUCUGCUUUCACUGGAGAAGAGGGGAGAGGGAGCACUUUUAAGGGUUGCAGCCAACUCGGUUGAAACUGCCUAAUGCUGCCCUUGGCCAGCCUGGGCCUGAUGGGAGUUGUAGUCCAAAACAGCUGGAAGGCACAAGAUUGGCAAAGGCUGGUUUAAUGUCUCCGGAAUUUUGAAGCCUCGUAUUUUAGAUAUUGUUGUUUUAAGUUUGAGUGUGUUUUGUGGUUUGAAUCUUAUUAGUAUUAAAAAAACAACAACACACAGGCAGAAAUAGCAAGUAUUCCGGAUCAUGCUUGCUCAGUGGUCACGACUGAUGGGAGUUGUAGUUCCUGCUACCCUGAAAUGGACCUGCCUUCUCAGGCAGGGUGGGCAGAAGGUAGAUGGAAAUCUGCAGAUAGAUGUCUGUUUUGCAGUAAACCUGCAAGGGCUUCUGAUUCUCAGUUGUCUUGCAAUAGCAACAACUAUUCCACCUAAAUUAGGCAGGUGAAAUGAAGAGAGUUUGGGGAAAUCGAGUGUGUGUGAAAGGACUGCAAUCUUAGUUCAGUUCUUGAACUGGAAGCAAAUUCCUAGGCUCAGAACAUGCUCAGAGGCACCUUGCUCUUUAAUUUUAACUGCUUGACCUAGGAUAGCUCAGUCAGCGGAGCAUGAGACCCUUAAUCUCAAGGUUGUGAGUUCAAGUCUCAUCUAGGGCAAAACAUUCCUGCAUUGCAUGGGGAUGGCGUAAUUGACGCUAGUGGUCCCUUCCAACUAUACAGUUUUUUUGCACCUGACUGCAGCUGGUAGAUCUUGGGAUUUUAGUAAAAACAAAAAACAGAGUUAAGAUCUCACAAGCCUGAAGACUGAACACCCAUAAGAGCUCUUGCUUUGUCCUGCAGAAACACUAUGGAGACUGCCAGCCACAGCCUGAUCCUCCUGCAGCAGCUGAACAUGCAAAGGGAAUUUGGCUUUCUCUGUGACUGCACUGUGGCCAUAGGAGACGUCUACUUCAAAGCUCACCGAGCUGUCCUGGCUGCCUUCUCAAACUAUUUUAAGAUGAUAUUCAUUCACCAGACAAGGUAAGGCAGUGCAUGUCUUUUGGGGCAUGACGGAUGCAAUCACAAACUUGUUUUCUGGGAAGGGGAGGCUCUCAGAACUUCCAGAAUAUCUCCUUUACACACAAAAGGCUUUGCAGCAUUUGGCUACCUGGAAUGUUGUGGUUCAUGGGAAUUGCAAAGGGGAGAAGCCAAGAAGCUGAUUUAAAUAUUAUACCUGCCUCUCCAGCCCUAGUAGGAGAAGGAUAAAAUGGCAGAAUCAGAAUUGUAGAGUUGGAAGGGACCCUAAGGGUCAGCACGUCCAAUCUCAACUAGAUCAUAUAUGAUAGGCAGCCAUCCAACCUCUGCUUAAAAACCUCCAAGGAAGGCAGAGUCCACCAUCUCUUGUGAGAGCCUGUUCCACUGCCAGAUAGCUCUUAAAGUUCUUCCUGAUGUUUAAUCACAGUCUCCUUCCUUGUAACAUGAUAGAUAGAUGGAAAUUUAUUACGGUCCCAGACCAGUUUUACAUACCAUAUUAAACAAGCAUAAAACACAAUAGAAUUAAGUUUGGAUUAACAAUCAAGUAUAACAACAAACAGUAUGAAUAUGGCAGCAAGUAGAAAUGUGGUUUAGGUCUUAAUCUCUAAAAUAUUAUCUAGAGUUCACAUCUGAGGUCUUAAAGGGUAAAGGUAAAGGGGAUCCCUGACCAUUAGGUCCAGUCGCGGCCGACUCUGGGGUUGCGGCGCUCAUCUCGCUUUAUUGGCCAAGGGAGCCAGCGUACAGCUUCCGGGUCAUGGGGCCAGCAGGACUAAGCCGCUUCUGGCGAACCAGAGCAGCACACGGAAACGCCGUUUACCUUCCCGCUGGAGCGGUACUUAUUUAUCUACUUGCACUUUGACGUGCUUUCGAACUGCUAGGUGGACAGGAGCAGGGACCGAGCAACGGGAGCUCACCCCGUCACGGGGAUUCGAACUGCCGACCUUCUGAUCGGCAAGUCCUAGGCUCUGUGGUUUAACCCACAGCGCCACCCGCGUCCCUUAUCUGAGGUCUUAGUCUUUGUAAUAGCACAGCUUGUUCUCCGGGUUUUAUGGCAGCCACACAAAAUUUGGCCACCCUUAGUGUGAUCUCUGGAUUCUUGUCCUCUAACAGGGAUUUUAAGCAUUGAGAUUCAAACCCACUUUCUGUAUAACAGGGGUACCGUAUUUUUCGCCCUAUAGGACGUUCCGGCCCAUAGGACGCACCUAGAUUUGGGGGGGGGGAAAUAAAAGAAACAAUUUUUAUUUCCCCCCCCCAGGCGCGGGGCUGGGGUGGGGGAAGCCGGAGCUUCCCCUGACCCCAGCCCCCAGAACGGGUCCCAGAGCGAUGGCGAAGCUGCUGGGGGGAUAGCUUCCUGAAGUCUGGAGAGCAAGAGGGGUCGGUGCGCACCGACCCCUCUCGCUUUCCAGGCUUCAGCGAAAGCCUGCAUUCGCCCCAUAGGACUUACACACAUUUCCCCUUCAUUUUUGGAGGGGAAAAAGUGCGUCCUAUAGGGCGAAAAAUACGGUAAUAAAGACCGAAUGUAUAUCCUCAUAAAAAUGGCAUCGAAGCAAGACAUGGGAGACAGUUUCCACCUCUAUCAAGCCGCAGGGGCAAACUUGCUCUGCAUACGGUUUACCCACAUCUCUGCCCUGCGAUAAGUCAGAUGGCAGCAGGUUGAAUCUACCGAGGGUGAACAACCGUCUAUAUUUAGUUAUAUGUAGUUUUGACAGAUAUAUUGCUGGGGUAAAACCUCUCCCAUUGUCUUCGAUUGCUGGGUGCUUAUUCAUCUCACUCACAUGACCCUGAAAUUCUACAUCCCAUAUUCGUUUGCGAAUUGUUGCUCUGGCUUUCUCAUAACCUGCGGCUAUCAGUGCCUGUGGCGAAAACCCCAAGCCUUUUAGCUUUUCGUAUAAUGUACCUUGCAACUUGAAUCCUUUGGUUUAGGUCCUGCCCUCCGGAGCAGGAGAAAACAAACUUGCUCCAUGUGACUGCCCUUCAGAUAUUUGAAGAUAGUGAUCCUAUCGCCUCUCAGUCUAAUAUUUAGCAGGCUAAACAUACCCAAUUCCUCAUAAGGCUUGGUUUCCAGACCCUUGAUCAUCUUGGUCACUCUCCUCUGUACAUGUUCCAGCAUGUCAACAUCUUCCUUAAAUUCUGGUGCCCAGAACUGGACACAGUAAUCCAGAUGUGGUCUGACCAAGGCAGAAUAGAGUGGUGGUAAUAAUAAUAAUAAUAAUAAUAAUAAUAAUAAUAAUAAUUUAUUAUUUGUACCCCGCCCAUCUGGCUGGGUUUCCCCAGCCACUCUGGGCGGCUUCCAUAGAACCCAAAAAUACACUAAAAUAUCACACAUUAAAAACUUCCCUUGACCUGAACGCUAUACUUCUGUUGAUGCAGCCUAGAACAACUUUAGCUUUUUUUUGCUGCUGCUGCAUCACACUGUUGACUCGUGUGAAGCUUGUGGUCCAUCAAGACCUCUAGAUCCGUUUCCCAUGUACUUCUAGUAAACCCGGUUUCCCCCAUCCUAUAUUUGUGCAUCUGGUUCUUCCUGCUGAAGUGCAGACCCUUACAUUUGUCAGGAGCUCAGAUAAAAGGAAACAUUUAAGAUGGACAGGUUGUUUUUUUUUUUAAUUGUUUUACUUCAGUAUGCCACAUUUAUGCUUAUCCAGCUCUACAUUCAUCCUUUGUCUUAAAAACAAAUUGAGUUUCCCCCCUUUUAAACACUGCCCAAUCCAAAUCCAAGUCUUUACAGCCUAGCCCAAGGCCGUUGUCAGUCAUAAAUAGCAUGAUUAAAAAGCCAGUUAGUGUGUCAUAAGAAGAACUUGCUGAAUCGGGCCCAUGGCCAGCAUCCUGUUUUCAUUGGGGCCAACCAGAUGUGUGUCUGCAUCCAUCACUUAAGUUUGCUGUAGAUUUUCAGAAAAUAACUUGAUCCUAGAGACCAGAAGGUGCACCCGUAUUUUUAAAUUUUUAAUUCAUUAGAAAAGGAAGUAACAUGCAGAUUAAGAAAUUGGAACAGACAUUGCCUCAAAUGUGAAAGAGAAGAAGAGAGAAAUGUGUUAGACCGCAUCCAAAAAUGUCACCUCUCAAAAUUUACAGUAUAUUCAGCUUGUUAUUAUUCUAAAAGCAAUCAAUUGUGGGGUGUUUUUUUAGUUGUAAAACAAAGAAACAAAUGAAUAACAUAAAUAAAUGAAGAAUAGCUUGUUCUUAGGAGAAACCGCAGUAUAAUUCCCCUUCCAUAAAUUUCUGCAUGCUGUCGGUUUAUUCAAAAUGUUAUGACCUCUGGCUAUUCCUCAAGGGUAGGAGGAGUCUGGUUUAAAUCCUGGUAUUGGCUUACGAUUGCCUGAACAUUUGCAUUAUCAUCAGCACUGCCUCGUGAAUGGUCACUGUACUUAUUGUUUGUGCAUUCUCAGCUUUAGUAUAAUUGACAGCUUGUGUGUGUGUGUGUGUGUGUGUAAUUUCAUUCCCCUCAUCGCUCACACAUAUUUUUCUUUGCACCCAUGUGUAUAUAAAAAUGCCAACUUAGGAUAGCACUUCAUACUUCUAAUGCAGUUGACUAAAAUCCACAGAAGCUUAUGUCACGGUGAAUGUGUUGGUCUUUAAAGUUCUGCUGGAUUCUUCGUUGCUAUAUCCGCUUCCCUAACGUUCCUCUUUUGUUUCAAGCAGCGACUGCAUAAAGAUCCAGCCAACAGAUAUCCAACCCGACAUAUUCAGCUACUUGCUGCAUAUAAUGUACACCGGCAAAGGACCCAAACAGAUCGUCAACCAGACACGGCUGGAGGAAGGCAUCCAUUUCCUGCACGCCGACUACCUUUCCCGCAUGGCGGUGGAAAUGAAUCAGAUGCUGUCGCCAGAGUCUGUGCAGUCUUCGAACCUGUACGGAAUCCAGAUCUCCACCACGCACAAAUCCGUCAAGGGAGGCCUCCAGGCAAAGGAAAGUUUGACGAGCCUCGGGAGCAGAACCGCCGGCCAGAGCGAUCACCCCCAGCUGCAGCUCUCGUUGGCGAUUGGGCUCGACGACGGCUCUUUGGACCAGCAGCUUUCUCGUCCUUCGCUCCCUCCGGCUGUGAAGCCGACAGAGGAGCUUGCAAACGCUCCUGUGACUAUAAAACAGGAGAAGAGCGACCCGGAACAAGUGGUGUCUCAGAGCCAUACCUCGUCGUCCCCGGAUGUCAGCGGCCCGGCCUUCUCUAGGACGAACCUCAAGGUCCAUUUAUGCCAGUACUGCGGGGAGCACUUCGAAUCCCGGAGCAAUCUGCGCGAGCACCUCUUCACGCACGUCUCGGGGUCGCUGCCGUUUGGGGUUCCAGCCUCGAUCCUGGAAAGCAGCGACCUUGGCCAGCUGCAGCCCCUGCACGAAAACCACGAGGCCGCAGAAAGCCACCGGCUGGGCUCCUUCCUCCGCAAAGAGGACGAGCGCCACCUGGAGCAUCCGGCUCACGGCAGCUUGGAGCCUCUGCCCAUCGGCCAGUUGUCGCUCGUUUCCAAGGAUUCUGAGCCGGUGGAACUGAACUGCAACUUUUCCUUCUCGCGGAAGAGGAAGAUCAGCUGCGCGGUUUGCGGCCACAAGUUCCUACGCAAGAGCCAGCUGCUCGAGCACAUGUACACCCACAAAGGCAAACACUUCAAACUGGGCCGGUGCCAGAGGCUGGGCGGCUCGGCAGCCCCUAAAUUUCAGCUGCUCGGGAGCAGCUGGACUCCGGUGAAGAGCACCGCCCUCUCGCAAGCUCACGUGGAUUCGCAUAACGCGCCGGAUCCUGACCUCUCCCAAGAGAGUAUUGACACCAUACUGGUUGAAUAGCUCCUUCCCUUUUUCCUGUAUGCGUUUUUUGCCUGUGAAUUCCUGCGCUCGUUUCAAUGUCUCUCUCAUUGUCGCUGAAGGUGUUUUCCGUCUUCUUGCAAAAUAGGAAUCUGCAGACUGAAAGCCCUGUUCUGGGUUGUCUCAUGGACUCGGUUGCGCGGCUGUUUCUCACACUGCUCCAGUAACGUAUGCACUGGGGAGACCAUGUGUUAAGGGGCAGGUGACGUGGCUGUGCAUUGCCGCAAAAUGCAAACUAAAUUGCGUGCACUCCCACACCUGAAAUCUUAUGAGAUGUCAGAGGUAGGUACAGAUAAGAAUGCAGCUUCAAAAGAACAAUCAGACAUGCUUAUAGUGCGCUCACAAGUGUUUUCUUUUGCAAGCGAGACUUACUGUCAGAGCUGAUUGCUGCCGUCAGCAAGCCCCGCUUUGCCCAUUUGCAAGAGUGGUUUGAAUGCAAACCACGCCUGCAGAUGGACUUCAAAGAGGCUCCGCGACAGGGUUUCCCCAAACUUGGGUCUCCAGCAGUUUUUGGACUACAACUCACAUCAUCCCUAGCGAGCAGGUCAGGGAUGUUGGGAAUUGUAGUCCCAAAACAGCUGGAGGCCCAAGUUUGGGGAACCCCACUCUGUGAUGAGCCCCUUUGACAGUGGUUCUCUGGCAAUGUCCCUCCAGCGGAUCCCGCAUGCUCUGGACUAGAUUUCAGACCCAGGAAGUAUCCCUUUCAGAGACUGAGGAAAACAGCUAGCAGGGCCAGAGAUCUCAUUCCCUCUAAGACAGUUUCAUGUGUUCACAUAACAACACAUUUUGUGCUAGCCCCAGCAUUCUUGCAGAUGGAAUAUUCUGUAGAGUUUGUUAUAUAGGGGUAUCGCCAGUGGAUAAAAAGAGUAACAUAAAGUGACCAGGAGCAGUCGUGCCCUGAAGCCACUUUUGAGGGCUGCACCUGGAUUGAGUUUCUGCUGCCCCUGCUGCAUCUCUGCAGGCUUCCCCGUUUUGGCCUCACACCCUCCCAAAGAGCUUCCACCCGGGAGGCUGAUUUUGUGGCACCUGCUCUCCAGGUGUGAUUGGGUAGCUCAACCUGCGAUGCAGAGAUGGUUACAAGACUGCCCAGCCUCAGGGGAAGCCUCUCGUCGCCCCUCUGGACGAGUUGCUGUCCACGAGGCUUGUCUCAAAUCAGUGACUCCUGCGGAAACACAUAGAAUUGGUCUCUCUGGGGAACCUUUUGGAGACAGUAAAGGAAGUGAUGAGCAAGAUCGGGGUUAAAAUUAGUCUACAGCCCACCCACUCCAAAUUCAUGUUUCUAUACACUCAGAGAGGUGCAGAAUCCUGCAUUUGUCCCUCUAGGCCUGAGGUUCUCCAACACUGCUUGGAAAAAUCUUUUCACAUGUAAGUGGUGUGUUCCUCCAAUUCAGGAGAAAAAGGCGCAAGUCUGUCAGUUUUUGGAAGUCUGGGAAACACUUGGAAAUCACGUAGCUCUAAGCAGAUGCCUUAGGAACACUGAGGCUAUUCAGAAAUCUUUUACCCAAUGUGGGGCUCGAACCCGCAACCCUGAGCAUUUGGGGGGCUGGACUAGAUGACCCUGGUGGUCCCUUCCAACUCUUAGGAUUCCUUGUUUCUAUCCCGGCCCUACAAGUUUUCCAGUUUAGCCAGAAAGGGGCAUGAAACCUUACCAGCAGAUUGGUGCAAUAAAAAGCUCUGCCCUUGCUAGCUUUAGAUAGUCCUGUGUGAUUUCCGCCCCCUCAUCGCACUAUUUCAUAUUAGUUGCUGACUCAUUUCUUUGGAUUUAACGUUGCUCAAGAUAGAUUUCUUCCCUGUUACAGCACAACCUGUAGAUUCUCUCUGUUUGCUCCCAAAGACUCCCAGCCCCUUAAGUUAUUCACUCUGCUUUUAUUUUUACAAAAAAUUGAAUAAAACCAAAAUCUUCUGAAUCUUCCAUCGGCUCGUGCUUUCUAUUUUCCUGUAGAAAAACUCUGAUCAUGCUGUUGGUUUUCCCAGAGCAUUGGAGAAGGGGCUCCUGGUCCUUUUGUAGGUUAUUUGGUCUCAAAGCAGCUUCCAGG